GAAUGACCUGAAACGCCUUCAUUCAACAUAGCGAGUUAGAGAUCGUAGGAAAUUGAAUCGCAACGCAUCGCAUUUCGUUCGACCGAAGAAUAUGUCUUCGGUCUCGGUCUAAUCGGCGUCGUACGCAAAGAAAAAGGCACUGUAGCGUGCUCAAGACCUGUUUAAUUCCUUUAGUCAAGUCAGCUCCAAGACUGUGACAAGGUAAACUCAAAAAAGGAAACCAGAGACAAAGGAAACUUACAACAACCCCAGCGUCAAAUCGCCAUGAAUCUUCGCCUUCAACUGUAUCUCGAUGUCCAAAUUCAACUCCAAUCGCAGCCGCAACUGCUCAUCCUUCCCGUCCCCCCCAUCAUCCUGCUUCUCCCCUCCCCCCACCAACCCCCCUGCCGCCUGCCCUACCCCCCCAACCGUAUCGUUCACCGUACCCCCCACCUUAUCUACCGCCCCUCCCGCCGUAUUCUUCACCAGAUCCCCCGUCUGCCCAACCAUCUCUCCACCAGGCAACUCCUCCCCAAUGCCCCCCAGCGUGCCACCACCUUGCGGUCGCUGACGCUGGCGCUGACGGUUCCGUCGUCCUCCCGCCGCAGACACGUCGCUCCGCGGAAUGCUCUCCGUAUCGCUAACGCUAACCCCGCGCCGUCCGCGCCCGCGCGACUGCCGUCGCCGACUCGCUGCCUUCUGCGGCAGCGGCUGGGGUUCGGGCUCGGGGUCCUCGACCUCUUCGACCUGGGGCCCGCCGUUGGCCUCGGCACCGGCAGAAGCUUGGGGUUCAGCGUCCGAGGGUGCGUCGUCGGCGUCGUCGCUGUCGGGGUCCGGAGUGGGUUGUUGAGUGGCUUGUUUCUUUUGGUUAAGUUUCUUGGGGGCCUUGCGGGUGGAUUCGCUGGUUUUGGAUUGUUGGGAGGAGGCGCCGAGGCCGGCGCCGGCGGAGGCAGAGGCGGCUCCUUCGCCGUUGGCAUUGAGGUUGGAGGAGGAUUCUUCGGUUUGUUUGGAAGACAUGGUGGUGGCUGGGUAGAUAUGUGUCUAUGAGAGGGAGAUAGUGGUUGAAAAAGGGCAGGUAUAGCUUAGAUGAAUAAUUUUGUAUGAUUGUAAAAGACGUAGUAGGAAUGAACUUUUCGUGACUGAUGGAUGGAGAGAGAGGGAGUCAAGAGAAAAGUGACGUCUUGACAGAACUUGUAGAUUGGAAAAUAAAA